AUGGUAAAGAAAAGGUUCAUUGCUUUUAUUGGGAACUUACCAUUUGAUUUAACUGAAAAUGAUCUCAAAGAGUUCUUUAGCCCUAUUGAAGAUAUUCAAAUUAGAAUGAGACAUAAUAAGGAAGGAAAAUUCAGAGGAUUUGCUUUUGCUGAGUGUACGAAUAAUGAUCAAUUCCAAAAAUUACUAACUCCCCUCCCUCCGUGAGUGAACAAAACCAUUAGAAAAAUAGUUAUUUUUUGCCCAAAAGCCCACCCUCCGUGAGCGAACAAAAAUUUUUUUAAUAGAAAAACUUUUUAUGGAAAAAAAAUGUUGAUAUAUAAGUGAUAAUUAGUAUAAUUAAAUCUCGAGAUAAUUCUGUUUAAUUUUAAAUAAAUUGCGUUUUUAAAACAUAAAUUUUACAAAUUAAAUUAAUAUUUGCCUUCCAAUUUUCGAGAAGUGGGAUUUUUUUUAAAAUUUCGAAAAAAAAUUAACCCCCCUGUGUGAGUGAACAAAAUUUUUUUGUUCACUCACGGAGGGGGGAGUAAGAAUGCACCAUUUGGAGUUAAAGGGUCGCAAAGUUAACAUUGAAAUGAGUGCCGGGGGUGGUGGAAAAUCAGAGGCAAGGAAACAAAAAAUAAAAAAAGUAAAUGAAAAAAUCACAAAAUUCAGAAAAACAAUAUUUAAAGGGUCAUCUGAGCACAAGAAAAAGAAAGAAGCAGCAGAAGAUUCAAAUGAAUAG